AUGGAGCACGAGAUGGAGACGUUUCUAAAACAACACCAAGCACAGCUAGUAGCAGCUCAAGUCCCGCAACUAUUAUGGCCUGUCGUGUACUAUAAACUCAAACACGAAAUCUUUGAUGCUGGCAAGUAUUUCUAUUUGGCUCAAGAUGAAGAUAAAGAUUUGCACGUUGUUGUCCGUGAUGACGUCGAUCUAAAACCCGUGCAGCCGGAAGGAGAAGAUGCUUUAUUUCUAAUAGAUCAUGCCUGGACAUUUACACUGGAAAAGGUCUACGAUCAAUUGAAUCAUCUCCCAUCACUUUUGGAAAGAAUGGAAACUCUGAUGCAAUUAGAAAUGGAAGAAACACGAGACCUUUCAACGGAGAAACGUGUUGAAAAAGUUGCCAAUUGUGUGUGGCGAUACGCCAAUACGUAUCGAUUUGGCAAUGUGAAGCCUGAAGAAGCUUCAACCAUUUGGUACGUGAUGGACGAAGUGGGAUCUGCUAUUGAACACGCCGACGAGCCAAAUGUCCGCAUGGCGCCAUUCUAUUAUGGCAAGUCACAGUGUGCGUUCUCGCUCGUGUGGACUGUACAACCAAUUGAAGCCGGAGACUUUCUAUCCCGAGACUAUUUUCCAGAUUUUGCAGCUGAUGAUGCAAUGCACACGGCACUGCUUGCUGCAUUGUUUUAUAAGUCUGGUAAGGCUGAUAGUUUGUAUGUGGAAGAGCUUCAAGAGAUCGUCAGGGGACGCAAGCUGGCAUACACGCUGGAGAGUGCUCGUGCAAACUUUCGCGCUAUUGUUAGCCGUGAUGCGGAGACGUUCCCGGACCCGGAGACGACUGUCACGUCGACACCGCUUUCAGCCGUUGUUGCCGGCUCGGAAUCACUACGAGUGUGUUCUGAUCUGAAGCUAGUGCACGACAACUUGACCCACUCGCGUUUUACUCUUGUGGACAACGAGGAUGAUGCACAGGUCGUAUGGCUCACCCAUCACCUCAAGGACUUUCCAAAGUAUACCACAAACGAUAAUGUGUACAUUAUCAACCAGUUUCCGAACGAAAAAGUUCUUACGUGCAAGGAUCUGCUUUACGAAAUGUGCAAGUUGCACAAUGGCGGUGAACGACCAGACUGGCUCGCGGAGACCUACAACAUGAACAGCGAGUUCCCUGAGCUUAUCGCGCAGUUUAUUCGUCGCGACUUGAUUGCCCAUAAGAACGGCGAUGGCGAUGAUGACGCCAACCACUGGAUCUGCAAACCCUGGAACAUGGCUCGGUCCAUUGACACAUGCAUAGCGCAGAAUGCACCGCAUCUCGCUCGCCUAGCCGAGACUGGCCCCAAGGUUGCGUGUAAGUAUCUUCAUCGUCCGCUAUUGAUUGACCAACGCAAGUUCGACUUCCGUUUCCUCGUUAUGGUAAAGUCAACAGAACCGUUGGAGCUCUACCUCAGUGGUGUCUACUGGCUUCGCAUCGCGAACAAGGAGUUUACUAUGGACAAUUUUGAGGAUUUUGAAAAGCACUUUACCGUCAUGAAUUACUCGAAUUUUGCUGUUCGGAUCAUGGACAAUGCUGAGUUUGUGGAUCGAUUUGACAACGAAUACCCGAGCGAGGACUGGUCCGUCGUGUACGCCGCUAUCUGCUCUUCCAUCAAGCAGCUGUUUGAGUUUGCGACGGCACAGCCUCCCCCGCUUGGCCUGGGUCGUUGCACAAAGUCGCGUGCCCUCUAUGGCGUGGACGUGAUGCUAUCGUGGGAAGCCGACGAAGAGACUGGUGACGAGCAAUUGCGUCCCGUGAUCUUGGAGACCAACUACCAACCAGACUGCACUCGCGCUUGCAAGUACUAUCCGCAUUUCUACAACGAUGUGAUGAACGUACUGGUGUUGGACCGCCCGGACGACACGGUGCAUGGCUGCACGCGUCUUUAA